GCCACGUCCGUCUGUCUGUCUGUCUGUCUGGAAACUCCAGACGGAUCUCUGCGCUGAGAGGAGACGGAGACGAGACGGAGACGGAGGACGCCGGGCGCUCUGGGAUCAGAUCCAUGACCUGCAGGAGGAGCGAGGCGUCGUAGAGGCCUUACUGAUUAAAAUGGAGCUGCAGAUGUUCGUACCUGCUGACAGCGUGUCUGAGCGCCGCUCGCUCAGCCCGCCGCCAUGCCGGACGUAAAGCCUCCACUGCCAUGUGACUACCCCUCCGCCUCCUCAGCCGCAGCCUCCGCCGGCUCUCCCGCUGGCUGCGCCCCCCACCACCACCUCGUCAUCGACAUGGAGCCCUGCGUCGCCAACCUCCCACUGUCCCCCGACCCCUUGUCCUCCUUCCCCCGCCACAGACCCGCCGUCCCUCACUACCCGCUCAUGGCCCGCUGUAACAGCAGCACCCUGCUCACCAACCUGGGCCUGAGGUACUGCUCCAGCAGGCCGGGCCCUCUGGGGGCCCCGGACCCGGCCCCGGGCUCCUGCACCCACACGGGAAGCACCGGCGGCCGGCCGUACAGGAGCAUGGAGAACCUGAACUGGAACUCGGUGGCAGAUUCUGGCCUGUAUGCGUUCAGUGCUGCCCCCUACAGGAGCGUGGACAGCGAGUUUAUUCUACGCUACACCUCCACCAGCCACUGGUACGACGGGCCCCCCGAUGGAUCUAUGAUGGGAGCCCCCAACCAGGAGAGCCUGGCGUUCUACCCUCGACUUCCCAGGAAGGACCUGCCGCUCUUCCCCCAGCUGCUGUUUCCAGGUGGUGUCGACGAAUGGGACGCGAGGAAGGGCCUGAGGGAGAAACUCCGCCUCCAGAGCGCGAGGUCAUCAGUCGAGUAUCUGAAGCCCCUCCCACUGCGACCUCAGGUGAUCCCAGUACACUCGACGGUUUGUGGGUCCAGACCGCCGUGCACAAUGCGCAUCACCAGCCCCGAGGAGAUCAAGCAGGAGGUGCUGAGGCGCCUGCAGCUCCGGCGGCAGAACAGCAGCCCCAACCUGGCUCUCCACAGCUCCCCGUCCAGCCCCAAAGUGGUGAAGACCUCCUACACGACAGACAACAUCGCAGGUAACGGAUCUGAUUCUGCACCGGAGCGCCCCAGACCUCCCGUGGGACGCCUACACAUCCCAACGUUCGAGGAGUUUAAGAGGAUGAGGCAGAAGGAGGGCAAAGAGUCCACAGCUGGUUCUGUGGUCUCUGGAACAUCUGAGACAUCAUCAGACCGUAAGACACCUCCUUCUGAUCGGACCGUCCCCGAGUCAAGCUCUAGUGGAGGACACCGAGAGCAGCGAGAGGAUUCAGAGGAGGUGCAGGGAGAGACCUCAGAGAGACCUCCUUGUAUCUCCACCUCCGUCUCCAGCUCGUACUCUCCCAUCCGCACCGGCCCGUCUCCACGAUCGCCCCUGCAGCCGCUGGCCAGCUCGGCCCAGGAGAAGGCCCUCGCCCUCGGCGGCGACGGGAGCAGCAGGCGCAGGAGGAGCAGCCUGGAACCGGCCGGGUCGGUCCCCUUCCCGCCCAGCAGGGAGAACUGGGGUCGGCCCUCCAGCUGCUGCCCGGCGCUCCUCCUGGAGGGGACCGACCUGUCCAGCUACGGAGCCAAGAUCUACAAGAUGAAGGACGGCCUCAUCGGCUCGGCGCUGGACCUCAUCAAGAAGAGCUGCAGUGCAGAGAUCUCUGCCGAGGCCCCCGUCAGGCUGUCAGGUGACCGGGACGGAGGCUGUGACAUCACCGCCCCCUCGGCGGCCGACUGUCAGCCCUCCGCCGUUGCCAUGGCAACGUCGGCACCGGCCCGCGGAGCCGAGGCUGGCGACGAGACGCCUGCAGGAGGAGGAGGAGGAAGAGGAAGAGGAGGAGAGGAAGCCGGAGAAUGCCACGCCGCUCUGGGCUGCAGGCGCUCCAGCUCGGACGCAGCCUAUGAGCUGGCGGAGACGGUGAGGGCGCAGCGAGAGUGCCGUCUCCGGCCCCACUACAGCGACCCCAUGCCGGCCGACGCCUCCAAGCGCAAACAGCUGGAGAUGAAGAUCGCUGCAGCCGCACGCCUCCACGGCCACCGGCGAGACCGCGACAGAGACCGAGACCGAGACAGUGCUCCAGCAGCUCUCCGUGGUCGCUCUGAGCCGCCCGGCGAGGAGCGCCAGGCGGGUCUGGGCGUGACCCGGUCCGGGCAGCACCGCUGGAGCACCAUCAGCAGCCUCAGCGUGGACAGCGGCGUGGUGGGCCUCAGCGACGAGCGGGAGGAGGAGGACAGCGAGCCACGCCGGUACCGGAGGAAACGGGGGGGCGGCGGCGAGGUGGAGCGGGUGGACAGCGGCAUCGGCCCGGGUCUGUCCCGCACCUGGAAGAGGCCAUCGGCCUCCCUCAGAGCCUGGGAGGCCCAGAGACCCUGUCCCGACUGCGGGCUGAGGGACGGCGCCUCCAAAGAGCGAGGAGAGCGCAUGUGCGAGCGUUGCUCCAAACUGCGCACCGAGCGCAAGGAGGCCAUCCUGGAGUUCCUGAACACGGAGUCGAGCUACGGCGAGGACCUGCGCAUCAUCAGGGAGGAGUUCUACUGCCCCAUGCAGAGCGCCGCGCUGCUGACGGCCGAGCAGCUCGCCGUGGUGUUCGGUAACGUUCAGGAGCUGAUCGACGUCAACGACCGCUUCACCGAACACCUGCAGGACAGCAUCGACCAGGCCUUCGACCAGGGGGAUGAAGACCUGCUGACGGUCUACAUCGGAGAGAUCUUCCUGGAGUUCGUCAACAUGCUGCCGGCCUUCCAGACCUACUGCCUGCAGCAGUCCACCGCGGUCAACCUGCUCAACACGCUGGAGAAGGAGAAAGAGCUGCUCAGAAUCUUCUUGGAUGUUUCCCAGAACGACAACACGGCACUGCGUCGCAUGAACCUGCGCUCCUUCCUCAUGGCGCCCCUCCAGCGCGUCACCAAAUACCCGCUUCUGUUGAGCCGCAUCAUCAAGGUCACCCCCGAGUGCCACCCGGACUACGCUCGCCUCCGCGAGGCCAAGAGUCGGGUGGAGUCCCACCUGGAGCACAUCAACAUGAAGACCAAGCAGGAGGGCAACGGCGUCACCUGGUCCCUGCGCUCGUUCCGCCGCGACAGCCGCAAAAACCGGGAGGUCAUCAACAUCGAGAUGCGGGAGGUGUCGAUGAAGACGGUGGGCUGGGCGAGGGAGAACACGCGGUUUGUCAUGGAGGGACCCCUCCAGCUGUCCCAGCCGGCGGACGGUCAGUGGGUGAAGAAGGGCAGCAAGGCCCUCAAGUUCCAGAACGUCCAGAGUCUGCUGAUGGUGCGGAUACAGCGGGCCGGGGACGCCCCGGCACAGGGCGCCGACCUGGGGGCUCAGGGGGACGGCGGUGGCGACAGCAUCCGAGACGGAGUGCUGGUUCUAAUCAAGGACAAGAGCAGCGGGAAGUUCGCCGUGCUGAGAGAGCCCAUCCGUCUGACGAACUGCGUGGUGUCGACGGAUCCCGACUGCGAGGACACAUUCGAGGUGCUCGAUAUUCGGCGGGAGUCUUUCGUCUUCCGCGCCUCGGACAAAUCUCGCACCCAGCAGUGGUUCCAUCAGAUUAAGAGAUACACUCGAGACUUGGGCACCUGGAGGAAAAGACGCAACGCUCUGCCCAACAUCAUGAUCAACACGAACCAGACGCGCUCCUGAGACUAACCAACCGCCGACACGCUGUAAAUAACCUCAAUCCUUUGACUGCAAACUGACUACGAGAAGCAUUUCUGAGUGACGCCACUGUUAAAAAACACCGUCUCAAAGUCUCCAGCACUUUUUUCUUACAAAGCUAUAAGUGCGCCAUACUGUCAUGAAGUUGUGUACGAAGAUUUAAAAGAUUCUUGGACGACCAAAAAAACCUGGGCUGAGCUCGUCGGCCUUGAUUGUAAAGAGAGCUGUUUUCAGUGAAUACUGUUGAAAUGCAAGACUGAAUAUACGGAGGUACUUUAGUGACUUUAUUAUGCAGUCAGACAGAAGAGGUUUGAGAGCAGAACUACCGACACUGUAAUCAAAAAAACGCUUUCCUGCAAGUAAAAUACAUUUGUGAUUAAAAUGCAAAUUAAAUGCGAAUGCAAGUUUCAUUUUCGAAUCCAAAAGUUCUGUUUGCAAAUCCGAAAAUUUUGUUUUCGAAUUCAAGUUUCCUUCACAAUUUCCAAAGUUUUGUUUGUGAAUCUAAAAGUUUUGUUUAGGAAUCCAAAAGUUUUGUUUACGAAUUCAAGUUUUGUUUGCGAAUUCAAAAAUUGUCUCUGCGAAUCAAAAAGGUUUUUUUUUUGUGAAUCCAAAAGUUUUGUUUGCGAAUCCAAAAGAUUUAGCUCAAUAGCAAACAAAAAUUUUUGAUUUGUAAUAAUACAUUUUUAUUUUAAGUGCAGUAAAACAUUUUUUGAUUACAGUGUAAAGUUUUGCUCUCAAACCUCUUCUGUUUGACUGCAUAAUAAAGUCACUAAAGUAACUCCGUAUAAACAUGGCUGACUGCAAGAAGAGAAACUGUAAUGUAAUUUUGAUACCAGACAGUGGGGGGGGUGGGGUUAACAUUUGUUUCCGUGGUUUCUGUUUUGGUCGUCACUGCCCUUCUCCUGUGUGUGUUUGCCGCCCUCUGCUGGACGUCGGCGGUACAGCGACCGUCACUGCCAGAGAUGCAGCCGAGCAGACAGACCUCCUGUAUCACUGUGGUUCAAUGAGAACUCAACAUAACAGCAAUAAUCUCUGCCAGCUCCAACACACGUAGCUACUGUACACGCAUUUAUAAUCUCACAGGAGUUCCUCAGUUUCAUGUGGCGGAUUUAACUCAAAGUCUCAAAUCUGAUCUCGGUUGUUUCUCUCCAUCGUCCCGACGACACUAAGGAGUUCAGAUCGUCUCAAUCAGUCCAGUCAGUCUCCUUUAACUGUUGACAUCAGGUGAAGUCAAACACUGCUGUGUGUUCAGAGUCUUUCAACCUUUCAACCUUUCAACCUUGUGUUCAGGACCUGAUGUGGGUUCACACAGAACCGGGUCAUGGGACGGAAUAACAGAAGUAUUAUUAUCUAUUUGUAGGGCUGCAACAAACUGUGAUCUGCAUUAUGGAUUCAUCUGAUUCAUCAUUUGUUCGACAAAAUAACGAAAAUGCGACUCCAAAAAUGUUGUUUACGAAUCCAAAAGUUUUGUUUACGAAUCCAAAAGUUACGUUUUCGACUCCAAAAAAUGUUGUUUUCUAAUCAGAAGUUUGUUGGUGAAU